AUGGAUUUCACACAAGAUCUUCAACUGCGAAAUGAGGAGCUGCCAGAGGAUUACUGGAAACUAAAUCGAAAAGAAAACGCCGAGCGCAUUUCCAGCAGAAUUCUUAGUUCUUCAAACGAACAAUUAAAAGAAUGCUGGGACUGGAUCGCCGACGAGGGACACAACAACUUCCUCGUCGCUUUAAUUUAUUGGUCGAUGGAUGAAGAACAUCUUCAAUCUGGAAACUUAAGGAGCACCUUCAAUAUGGGCUGGACGGCUCUUUUCUUGAGGGAAGAAAAAGCAGAAAAAUGGAUUGAUGCGAUUAUGUUUGAGGUGGACGAUUUCGGAAUCGAGCCCGAGGAAGAGAACUGGCGAGAACUUGUCAAUAUCUACACUGAGAAACGAGCGGAGGCAGGAUUCACGAUGCGAUCCGGUCUGCGAAUCGCAUAUGCAGUCUGUGUGGGAUUUCUGCUUCUGACGCUUCCCGGCCAAAAAGCUGGACUGGAAAUUAAAGCCAUCAAAGAUUUAUUCGCCGAUGCUAGCAAAAAAGAACGACUGGGAAGAAUCCUUAAGGACAAGAGCAGCAAAGCUAUCAAAGGCUUCAAGUCACGAGCGAACUGGACUAUCAGUCAGUUCCACAGACAUCUCAACCUUUCAGCAACGGAGGACACGCCGCCAGGUCGACCAUCGAGAGCAUCGUCAGCGAGUUCUGGAAAACAGGGCUACGCGUCUUCAGUCAACAGCGGAGAAGCUCCUGUUAAUCAAGCAACAACUUCCAACCCGGCUUCGUCUCAGACGAACCAACAACCGCCUCCUCAGUCUUCACCGGUGAUCAAUCUGGUACCCUCGGUUAUGGUUCCGACUCGUCCGACUGGAACUCAACCUCAGUCUACACAACCUCAGUCAAUAGUUCUUAAUUCGAAUCUUCAGCGACACACAGAUGUAUCAGAAUUCGCACGGCAAGUACCAACACAAGCAACAUUGAAUUCACAUUCAUUCGAUCCUUCCAUGGCCAUAAGGGGAGUCACGCUUUCGGAAAGCCGACAACGAGCGGAAAAUCAACAACAGAAUGUUACACAAAAUCAUAUGCAGCAGGUUUCUCUCGCUCAACUCAACAUUUCCCAGCAAUGUCUCAACAUUCCCAGCAAUGUCUCAACAUACCCAGCAAUGUCUCAACAUGUGCGGCAUCCUGCACAAUAUCAAUAUCGGCAGCAGACGCCCUACGGACAACAAUUCAGUCAGAAUCAAUUCAGUCAGAAUCAACAUCGCCAGAGUUCAUUUCAAAAUCCGAACCCGUCAGCGAAUCAACAGCGAAUACCUGACCUUCCGCCUAGAAAUGGCCUAGGUGGACCUUUUAUCCAAUAUUCUAAUGAAUUGCAACAGUAUAAUCAUUAUUCUCCUGGGCUAAACCGUAACCAUGUGCGACCUCAAAACCCAACUUCAUUCCUACCAAACAUCUCAGAUGCCCCGAAUACGCAGGCUCCUCAGUCAGCCGGCAGAGUCCCUCCUCAAAUUUCUCCACAAUUGGGCUCUUUAUCUGGCACUAGAAAUCGAGCACCUCCACAAAAAUCUCCGAGUGGACAAGUUCAGACUCCUGUAGUAUCUCAGCAGCGACAAAUACGGCCUAAUGCACCAACUCAGCAGCAUCGACCGCCCAAUCAGCAAGGAAUACUUCGGCAUCCUCCAUCACGGCAGCAGACCCCUGCAACUUCGCCGCCAGUACAACCUCAGCGAAAUGGAAUUCCUCAACAGGGUCAUGGACGAGUGCGUCAGAUUCCUGGGCUUGCAGUGCGCCAAAAUGAACCCUCUCUCCAGUCACAACAACCCCAGCGCAAUGCAUCACUUCAACGGCCUCAGCAGCCUAGCCAGAGGCUCAACGGACGUCCUCAAAACCAAAGAGCUCAACAGAUUAUUCCCAAUAACAAUAAUGGCUUGGCAAGGGCCCCCGAGUUCUUCCACUGCCGAAUCUUCCAAAUCGCAUGCGUAUGUGAUCACGCUCGGUUAACCUUCCAAGCAUCACAACCGAGCCCGGACUCUGUGCCAUAUGAAAUCGAACGAUCAACAAGUAAUGAAAACAUUCUGGGCGAGGGAACUUGGACCCUACAUUGGAGAAAGAAAGUAAAGAAAAUAGCUUCUAGCAAGGAAGCGCUGCCAACUUCGACAAACGAGGAUCCACCUGCUGAUGAUGCGAUCGUUAACAACGCUGAGGUUGAGGACGAUCCUUACAAUAUGUUCAUGCAAAAUACCCCGGCGCCGGCUCUUCUACCUGGUGAUGAAGAUGUUCCACCUACACCGCAGGCACAACCCUCUUCACCAGCACCCCCAUUAGUGCCAGUAUCUCCAGGUCCUAAACCUCCUCAGCCUCAGCCAGCAUUAACAGCAAGCGAUCCGACUCAAUCAUCACAUCCUUCCACGGAAGUGACACAACCAAACGUUACAGCCGAUGCUACAUCAAGAGUUUUGGAAGAAGAGAAAACUACGCCCGUUGCCCCUAUUGACCACCGUGACCAGCCGUCGACUAGCAAGCUUAUGCCAUGGGAGAAGUUAUCUACGCCCACAAUUAUCAAGCCGAAGGUAGAGCCCCGUUCGCUACCUAUGUGCGAACCGACUAAAAAUAGCAGCGAAGCUUCGAAGAAAAGCGCUCCAACGAAAGAAUCGUCCAGCGUGGACGAUGCAUCGCCUAAAAAGCCGGUCAAGAAACCCACCUAUUCAAAGGCGAGAAAAAAAGAGUCCUCGAAAGUCAGCAUCGAAGGCAAGAACACCGAAACAUCAACUUCGACAGUCAAGAAGAUAGUAAAGCCGUACGAACAAGUGUUGAGAGAUCGGCAAUAUGAGGAGCACCUUCUGAAAAUACCCGAUAUAUUGGCCGGGAAGCACAAAAUCCAAUUUUUCGAUGACAGUGAUGUGGAGUACUCUUCAGGAGAUGAUUCUUCUGAUUCUGGGUCCGAUGUCCCAGACUACGAGAAAUAUUUUGGACCAUUUGGACCGUCCUCUCCGAAGAAAGUCGAAAAAACGCCAUCUCCAACUGAAGCUUCCAUGCACGAUGUGCCUCAAAUCGAAUCUCCUGACGUGGCUUCCACCAAUGACGUUAGCAUGGAAACAGCAGAUGAGCAAAUGGAUGUGUCACCACCGUCUCUGGAAUCAGUUCCACCGCCAUCUCCUCCAGAGCAGCCUUCUGCUGUUGACCCGCCGCAUUCUUCGCCCUCCCAACUGGCCGUUCCUGAACCAUCUCCUGGUGCGGCCAUCCGAGGACAAGACGAAUAUCUCGCCGAGUAUUGGCGAGAGUAUGAGAAACGACAAGAGGAGAUCGAUCUGAAAAAGGCUGUCGAUAAACUGGAGAAGGAAUUUCGUCUUGGCAAGGGACCGACAAGGGACCGAAAGAGGACAUCUUCCCACUCCCCGCCUAAAAAGAAAAAGAGGGAACCUCUUAAGUCUUCCCGCGCAGCGCUUGGGAAAACUUCGAACGAGAUUAAAAAUGCUCCCUCAGUCAGUUCUGCCAAGUCUCCCCGUAUUUCUAAGGAGAACAAACCCCCUUCUUUGGUUGAAGUGAGAAGAGAAACGCCCGAGACUCAAAACGUCUCCUCACCAAUGCAUCGCUCGUCGGAUGAGUCUGCCGGGGCAAAUAUCAUUCCAAUAGUAAAGUCCGAGCCAUCUAAUGAUGAAUUGACGACAAAACGAAUUUCUGCAUCAUCUGAGUCGUCUUCGAUGGCUGAUCCAUCUGAUGAUGUUAUUGUCUGCGAGUCGACGCUGAAGAAUAAAUAUGAAGAAUUCAAAUGUCCAUACAAUCCGGACUGUAAUCUAGUAUUCCAGCCCAAGAGCCAGCCUCUCAAAAAUUGGGUUCUUAAAAACAAAGAUGCGCUGGAUUGGCAUAUACAGAUUUAUCAUGAUUCUUCCGGAAAGUAUAUUCCGACGUCUUGCGACAAAUGCCACUUGAGGUUUCUCACUUUGACCGUGAAGAAGCAACACAGCAGGGAGAAUUGCGAUUACUUCCGGGUGAAUUUCGUGGAACUUCUUCUCAAAAUAUCGCUUCCCGAAAGCUCAAUUGAACCUGGAAAGCGGGCUUCUCGCCGAAGAAAAGAAUCCGUCAAAUAUACUGAACCGGAAACUAACGAUUCUGACUCUGAGGAGCCAAAAAAGAGAAAAGUUCGUUCAAGAAGUGGCCGACGAAGUGGUGAUCAUUCCAGAGAGCCGCACCAUGUAUAUGCGCCUAAUAAAAGCAGAUGGAGGUCUGCACCUGACGAUAGCUCACAAUCAAAGAAGUUGAAGCUUGGAAUUCCUCAGAGAGCUCCCAUGGUGCCAUUGCCUGACGAAUCCCCGUCGACUUCUGCAGUUUCCGAUGCUUUUGAAGAAAGAUUUUCUUCUAUCGGACAGAAAGCCACUAGUAAGGACACUCCGACCGACCAGAGUCCUUCUGAAGAACACCAGCCCAGCUGCUCAAAAGAUGAUACUCGUAUAAAAAAGGAAUUUAUAACUCCACGAAAAGAAAAACAUCAAGAUCUGGACUCUAGUGACGUGACAGACUUCAGAGAGUUUAUUCAAGAGUCUGAAGACAGUCAGCAAUCGACUGAUAUCCGCCGUGAAUCUCCUAUUGAAGAACAAGUCACUUCUGAAAUUAAAGUUCCUAACUCGCAAGCACUUGACUCUGGAACGAAAGCCCGAGACUCGUCCGAGAAGCGUGAGCGAUCGAAAAAGACCCAGUUCUCUGUUGAGCCAAAACAAAACGAAAAUCAGAUGAGAGCAGAAGAUGCAAAAUCGAGUUCUAAAACGAGUGAUCAAAGUUCGACCGAGGUGGAUGAUCAACCGUUAAUAGGAUGGAAGAAGCUAUGGGAACAACUUCAAAAUGAAGACGAAAACGCUGCGCAGUCAGCAGAUGUCGGCGGUGACUCCAUGGACACUGGUCCAAGGAAGACUGCUAUAGAAACGAGAAAUGACAAUUCGACCGAGUCACUUUCUACCAAUGUGGAGACUACCGUCCAAGUGAGGGAAGAGGAAUCAGCUGCUGAGUCAGAAAACCAACUCGAAGGCAAUUUAGAAGCCGCCAAUGAAGCAACCCUGGAUGACUCGCAUCCGGAGGAGGCAGAGGUAGAAAAUGGUGUCAUGAAAGAACCAUGCGCUGAAUGCCCGUCUGAUGACGAACCAUCGUCGGACGUUAUAGUUGUGCCUGAAAGAGAGUUGAGCGAAGAAGAAAUACGUAUUCGUCGAAAUAAGAUUUUGUCAGAAAUGUAUAAUCUUCUAAGGAGGGCCACGUCACCCGAACUAUUCGGUGAAAUCCGGCAAGUGAUAGAUGCACUCAAGGAACACCGGUUUAAAACAGAUUCUGAUUUCAAAUCUCCCGAAAGAAUUGUUGAGGACUACAAAAAGCGAGUCAAUAAGCAACGGAUAAUAAUGAUUAUCGAUAGCGAUGAUGAGCCAUCUUCCCCCUCUACGAUCGCGUCGACAAGCACAGUUGUCGACCGUACGACCGAAAUUUCACCGGGAACUGCAAUCAAAGAAGAAGCUUCAUUUCUGGAAAGUACGAACUCGUCCUCGGGUCCUAUUAGUACUCCAAACAAUAACGACGAUCUACCCGCGCGUUCUUCUUCUCCAGCUCCUUCAUCUAGUCAGUCUAAAGACAAGGACAACACUCAACAAGUUUCGGCGCAGAAUGAGGGAACUAGCGCUGCUUCGGAAAAUUGGCCAGGAAGAAGAGAGACUCCGGUGGUGUUACCGGUUCCCAUUAGAUCUUCAGAGAAACCUGCAUCAGUUGUAAUUCCGGCUGUUUCAUUUCCAAAGCAGGAGCCAAUGGAUCCUGAAAGCAUAGAAGCGCGUUCUCGUCGAGGCACGUUCAUUGACGAAGAAGAUGAACGCGGUGUCAUAUGUUCGAGAGUAAUAUGCAGUAAUGAGGAACGGCUCGAUAAUGACCCGACUACUGAUUCUUCACCUGAAGAUGCUCAUUCUCGCAAACGCGUGAGACCAGAAAGCCCUAUCUCUGCUGAGAUGCCAUCCACCUCAAAGCAAUCGAGACGUCAACUGGAUAAUGAGCAACUUGAAAUCGAGUGUCACUCGCAGAGCUCCCAAGACAGCGUCAGCUCUCAGAACACUAACUCUCCUCGACGGUUAAGUCUCCACAAAAAACCGCCGAUGGAUGAGAAGAAGAGGGCAGACAAUGCAGUCAAUGAGGAGACUGAUUCCACACUUUACGACGCAGUCAACAAGGAAUCGGUUAAUGAACUGCAGACGUUCGCGAUCCAGACGCUCGAAAAUACAGACGAUAUGACGGAGGAACAGCGUGAAAAGUACGAACAAAGGUGGGACGAGGCAGAGGAGCUGCAGGAAAAUACGGCGCAGAAAAAGGAGAGUCUUGAACUUGAAAUUCUACACUUGCAGGGCAAGCACGGAGAUCAAAGCAACAAAGUUCGAGAGCUGGAACGUUGCGAAGAUACGAGACACACGUUUGGAACGCGAAGUCUCCGACGAGAGCGAAAUAAAACUUCAACUAGAAUCGAGAUACGGAAGAAGGAAGAGAAAAUGUGCAACAACAAACUGGCACCUCAUCACCUGAUUCCCAACGAGAAUCUCACAAACGGCGUACGUCUUCGUAAACAUAAUCAAUAUGAUCUCAAGAUGAUGCCCUUCUUGCUCCCAUUUUUAUUUCAACCGGGAAAAGAGAAAAAUAGGGACACGACCACGAAAUGUUUUUGGAGUGAGUUGCUCAAAAAGUCAGAGAAAGAGACCUGCGGCCGCGUGCGAGUACAACUGCCUCCUCUAACUGCUACACCUGCGAAAACUACAUCAUGGUUCAACCAGCGCACCGAUGUCGCCCGGAAAGUGGUCGAGGAGGAGAAAAUGGUCAAGCGCACUCUAGGCAGUCGUCCAGGCUUUAGCGUACAAGCCACUGAAGAAAACGGCGUCGACAUUGUUGACAGCUUGGACUUGGAUGAUUUGCCAAUGCCGACGUUUGAGAAAGUUUCUGAGCUACUUCAGGACAAGAGGGAGAAAACUGUGAGCGUCGAGGAAAGUAAAACGCCCUCUUCGGCGGUGCCGACUGAUCCGCGAAGACGACCUUCAGCGGAUACGCCAGAAGUAAAGAAUGUCGAGGACAGCAAAAUUGAGGAGAAAAAGGCUAACCCUCUUCAAGUAACUGAGAAGCUUUCUUCGCCAAGGGAUCCACGCAGGCGUCCCUCAAUGGAGAUCUCCGAAGAAAAGCGAGUCACGGACUCAAAGUCAGCUGAGAAGGAACCUGGAAAAGGCGUCGAAAAAACUAACAAGCCUUCUUCGUCAGUGCCAAAAGAUCCUCGCGUACGACCUCCAACGGGCAAGCCAGCUGAGACGCAAUUCGAAAAACGCGUCGAGCAAACAACGAAACCAUCUUUGCAAGUGCCAAGAGAUCCACGUCGGAGACCUUCAACGGAUAAGCCUGAAGAGAGGAAAGUGGAGUCGAGAUCAGCAGCAAAGCAAGUUGAAAAUACUCUUCCGCAGCAAGGGGUCUCGAAAGUGAGAACUGUCACGAGGAAAGUCGCCCCUUCGCCUGCUAAAAAAAUGAGAGGGACCUCGCCAGAUCCUCAAAAAAAGGAUACUCUCGAGCAGGCGCCUCGCUAUUCAAACGGACAAUCUCAAACAAAACAUGUUCCUAAAGGUCGCGUUUUUGGUGGAAACACUCCAGAGAAGCCAGUGAAAAUGUCUGGCCAGUGGAUUAAUAGGAAUAUCGCGUCUGAUCAACUAGCGAAGCAAGACUCUCUGAAAUCCCGUCCUUCUCCUCCAAAGCCCAACGAAAAGCCUAGCAAACAGCAUGCGCCUGAGCCCGCUGUCCCCGACUCACCGUUUUUCAUGGCUGACUUACCAGAACCUAUCAUAUACGAUAGGGGCAACAGCGGAAGUAAAAAGCAGGGAGGUUCCUCUCACAGAACUUCAAAUGUGUACCAGAGCUCCAAACCAAGGGAUCCCAACUGCCCUCGCUACACUCCUCCAAAAAGACCACCGCACUACUCUCCACCAAAACGCCCUGAAAUGCCAAUGAGUCUUAGUUCUGAGGAACUGCAGGGGAUUACCCAUGUGUUGGCAGAGGAGCCGUUUAAUAAGACCAUCUCGAUGGUGAAGCUGGACACGAUGUCCGGUGAAGACUACAUUCUCCUCAUGAAUGAAGUCGUCCACUAUUUGGACAGCAAGCAACCGUCACUAGUUCAGUGCAGAACUGAGCCUCCAGAAGCACGAGUUGUGCGACACCUUGAAUUUCUUAAAGGCAUUCAAUACAAACCACACGAGCCAGCUGGAUUUAAAAAGGGCAUUCUCAUGGGGGAAAAGAAAUAUAUGCUCCACAUCUUCAAGUUCAUUAUCCUCGACUUGGCAAAUAUCAAAGAACGGGCAUAUCUAGCUAGAUAUCUGAUGAGACUACCGGUGCCAAAAGAACUGAUCCAGUCGGACCAGGAAAUCCAUGAAGCUUGGAACGCAUACAUCGAGAAGCUAAACGAAUUCAAGGAAAUCCACAAGUCCGUCGUUCAGCAGCGGAGGGAUGGGCCAGAUACAGAUGGUGUUCGCAGGGAUAUCAAGCAAAUGGAAGAAGAACGCAACCAAAUCGCCAAUCGAGUAGAAAAGGCUGACAGAAAAGUUAAGAGCCUUCCCAACGCGGAUGUCUGGAUAACCGCGGCCAGGAAACUCCGUGAGGAAAGAAAUAAAGAAGAGGAAGUGCAAAUGCAGAUCAGGGAACAACAAACGCAGAUGAAAGUGCUGGAAUCGCGACUUGAGCGGGCAAGCACGCGUCUUGAAUCCCUUUCCCAGCAGCGCAAGGGAAUGACAACAAGGGAUCUCAUCGAACGCACGGAUGAAGAACUCAAAACAGCAAAGUAUCGAAAGGACGAACUUCUGCCAAAGAAACUCGCCGACCAGAAGCGACAGCUCCAAGCUCUGAAAGAAGCAGCUGCUGAUAGCAAUCCUGACCGUAUUGACCUGCUCGAAAAAGUGCGCAUUCUUCGCGACGAAGUUCGUCGAUACGACGAGGCUAAGAUGGAAGAUGCGAAAGAUCCAUCGCUCGUUGCUUUCCGAAAAAAUGCGAAGGACCUUGCUCGACGAAAGGAAGCUCUCAGCAACACGCUCCGCAACAAGCAAGAUGAAGAAGAGGAGAUCAACAAGGAGGUCACUCAGAAAAAAGAACUCUUCGAAAAAGAAUACGGCGGUGCGAAAAUGUCGGAUGAGGACUUCCAGGAGUACGGAGCCAAGAUGCGCCAGGAAGGCAAAAAAUACAAUGACGCCCGUAAGAUGCUGAAAUAUUUACAGCAAGAAAAUGGUCUGCUUUCGAGAACAGCGGAACUUACCAAGAAAAACCUCCAGACUGAGGAGGAAAAGUUAGAAGAACUUGAACGUCAACACGGUGUAACUGGGUUUACGGAGCUACAAGCAAAACUUGAAGCAGUUUCCACACUGAAGCAAGACAAGGAUCACCAGAAAGAAAAGACUAUGGAAGAGAUCGCCCAGUUAUCAGAGGAACUCAAUGCGAAGAUCAAUGCGAAGAGGGAGUCCAUUGAGCCUGUUCUCAAAGAAGUCAGGCCUCUUCGAACCAAGCAUUCUGAGCUCAACAAAAAGAUGAAAGAAGCCAAGAAGAAGUACGACUCUGUGCUGGCUGACAUCGAAUCCUCUCGAGGAAACAUCGAACGGGAGCUGACUAAGAUCCGAAGGCACCACACUGACCAGCGUGCGCAAUUUCAAAUCCAGCGCGCUCAGCUUGAAAACUUCCGAUCUCUUCAAGAUCGAAUCCAAGAUGCUGAGACAUGGCGCGACGUGUUGCAGAAGAAGCUUCGCGAGUCUGAAAUUCAGGCCAAGCAGUUGAGAGAUCAGCAACGAUCUAUCCGCGAGCAGAAGUCUGCAAAAAAGGAGGAGGAAGCCGCUGUAUGGCGAAAAAUGAUCAAGCUGAUCCAACUGAAAGAGCAGGACGGCACCACUAAAAUUCGCAAGACUCGACCCGUGACAGUCCGAAAGGAGCAAGAUCGUCUUGUUCUCUAA